CAAUUCUUCAUCGACUUCUUUGGUUUAUAGCCACGAGGUUUUUAGAAAUAUUUCAAUUUAUUAGUGAAAUAAUACAAAGAUUAAUUUCAUUUGAACAAAAUGCCACCCAGUAAUCCUUUGCCGCCUAAAGAAAAUGCUCUUUUUAAAAGAAUUUUGCGUUGUUACGAACACAAACAAUACAAAAAUGGCUUGAAAUUUGCCAAGCAAAUAUUGUCCAAUCCCAAGUUUGCAGAGCAUGGAGAAACCUUGGCUAUGAAAGGGUUAACACUGAACUGCUUAGGUCGAAAAGAAGAAGCAUAUGAGUAUGUGCGCCGUGGCCUCCGCAACGAUCUAAAGUCGCCUGUGUGCUGGCACGUGUACGGUCUCCUCCAACGAUCGGACAAAAAGUAUGAUGAGGCGAUUAAAUGUUACCGCAAUGCCCUCAAGUGGGAAAAGGAGAAUAUACAAAUCCUUAGAGACUUAUCAUUGCUUCAAAUCCAAAUGCGCGAUUUGGAAGGUUACAAAGACACCAGAUACCAGCUUUUCAUGCUGAGACCGACACAAAGAGCUUCAUGGAUAGGAUUCGCAAUGAGUUAUCACUUACUAGGUGAUUAUGAAAUGGCAAAUAGCAUUCUAGACGCCUUCCGGACUAACCAGAUGAAGGGGCCGUAUGACUACGAACAUUCGGAACUGCUUUUAUACCAGAACAUGGUGUUGGCAGAGUCUGGCCAGUACGAGAGAGCCUUGCAACAUUUACAUAAAUUCCAAAGCCAAAUUCUCGAUAAGUUAUCUAUCAAAGAAACCUCCGGAGAAUAUUAUUUGAAACUAAAGAGGUUCAAAGAAGCUGAGGGUGUUUACGAAGAUCUGUUAAAGAGAAAUCCUGAAAAUGUGAUGUAUUAUCAGAAACUUAUAGAAGCUAAACAACUUAGUGAUCCUGAUGAAAAAGUGGCCUUCUUUGAUGUUUAUAAGAGUGAGUACCCGCGUGCGAUCGCGCCGCGUCGCCUGCAGUUGACCGAGGCUCCCGCGAGCGUGUUCGAGCGGCUGGCUGACGAAUACCUUCGUCGAGGCCUCCACAAGGGCAUCCCGCCGCUCUUUGUGGACUUAAGAUCACUAUACGCAGACCAAAGCAAAGCAGACACGAUAGAGAAACUAAUCUUACAGUACAUAGACAACUUAACCAAACUGGGCACGUUUAGUUCCGACCCAAGCGAGGGCAAGCAACCGGCCAGUGCGUUGCUAUGGGCUUACUACUACGCGGCGCAGCACUUCGACUAUAAGAAAGAUACGGACCGGGCGCUGCAUUAUAUCGAUGCGGCGAUAGAACACACGCCUACGUUAAUAGAACUGUUCAUAGUCAAAGGAAGAAUAUACAAGCACGCUGGCGACCCAGUGCUAGCUUACCAGUGGCUGGAAGAAGCUCAGGCGAUGGACACAGCAGACCGUUACGUCAACAGCAAGUGCGCGCGCUACAUGCUGCGCGCCGAGCACGUCAAGCGCGCCGAGGACAUGUGCGCCAAGUUCACGAGGGAGGGAGUGCCGGCGACAGAGAACCUGAACGAGAUGCAGUGCAUGUGGUUCCAGACAGAGGCGGCGGCGGCGUACCAGCGCACGCAGCAGUGGGGCGAAGCCCUGAAGAAGGCGCACGAGGUGGACCGGCAUUUCUCCGAGAUAAUGGAGGACCAGUUCGACUUCCACUCGUACUGUAUGCGGAAGAUGACGCUGCGCUCGUACGUUGGUCUCCUCCGGCUAGAAGACGUGCUGCGGUCACAUCCCUUCUACUUCAGGUGCGCACGAGUGGCCAUCCAGGUGUACUUGCGGCUCUACGCGCAGCCGCUACAGGACGCGCCGCAGACCACAGAGCCGGAUACAGAAAACCUGGCGCCUUCUGAACUCAAGAAGCUCAGAAACAAACAGCGGAAAGCGAAACGUAAAGCUGAGCAGGAAAGCGCGUUGGCUGCACAGGUUCAGGUGAAGCGAGAGCAGCACCACAAAGCGAGACAGCAACAGGAGCAGGGCGACCCCGAGGCGCCGCAGCUGGAUGAGCUCAUACCGGACAAACUAGCCAGGGCGGAAGACCCAUUAGAACAAGCACUCAAGUUCCUACAACCGCUGCGGACGCUGGCCGCGGAUAGAAUAGACACACAUUUAAUGGCCUUCGAAAUAUAUUAUAGAAAAGAGAAACCGCUGCUAAUGCUGCAGAGCUUGAAGCGCGCGUGGCGGCUGGACUCGGCGCAGCACCACCUGCACGACUGCCUCGUGCGCUUCCGCUGCUGGCUCGACGCCGCGCCGCCGCUGCAGGCCGCCGUCGCCGCCGUCGUGCGCGCCGAGACCGACCAGGUGACAGAGAGAGAGAGAGAGAGAGAGAGAGACAGCACCACCUGCACGACUGCCUCGUGCGCUUCCGCUGCUGGCUCGACGCCGCGCCGCCGCUGCAGGCCGCCGUCGCCGCCGUCGUGCGCGCCGAGACCGACCAGAGAGAGAGAGAGAGAGAGAGAGAGAGAGAGACAGCACCACCUGCACGACUGCCUCGUGCGCUUCCGCUGCUGGCUCGACGCCGCGCCGCCGCUGCAGGCCGCCGUCGCCGCCGUCGUGCGCGCCGAGACCGACCAGAGAGAGAGAGAGAGAGAGAGAGAGAGACAGCACCACCUGCACGACUGCCUCGUGCGCUUCCGCUGCUGGCUCGACGCCGCGCCGCCGCUGCAGGCCGCCGUCGCCGCCGUCGUGCGCGCCGAGACCGACCAGGUGACAGAGAGAGAGAGAGAGAGAGAGAGAGACAGCACCACCUGCACGACUGCCUCGUGCGCUUCCGCUGCUGGCUCGACGCCGCGCCGCCGCUGCAGGCCGCCGUCGCCGCCGUCGUGCGCGCCGAGACCGACCAGGUGA